AACACAAAUCUUUUAACUACCCUCGACUCUCGAGUCUUGACAGUUUCUCAAACUUCAUCGAUUUGAUCUUUGGGGAUUUGAUGGGACCUAUCAAAGCGAUAAAGAAGAAGAAGAGAACUGCUGAGAAGAAAGUUGAUCGGAACGUUUUGCUCGCUGCCGCCGCCGCCGCCGCCGCUGCUCUUCAAAGCGACGAUUCAUCUCAGCCGUUGGAUUGGUGGGAUGGAUUCUCUCGCCGUAUUUCUGGUCCAUUGUCGGGGUCAACGGAUCCAAAGAUAUUCGAGUCAGUUUUCAAAGUAUCAAGGAAGACAUUUGACUACAUUUGCUCUCUAGUGAAAGACGAUUUCACAGCAAAGCCUGCAAAUUUCAGCGACUCGAAUGGGAAACCGUUAUCUCUCAAUGACCGUGUAGCUGUGGCGCUUAGGAGGCUUGGCUCUGGUGAAUCUCUCUCAGUCAUUGGAGAGUCCUUUGGAAUGAAUCAAUCAACCGUCUCGCAAAUCACUUGGCGUUUUGUUGAAUCAAUGGAAGAGAGAGCGCUGCACCAUCUCUCAUGGCCUUCGAAAUUCGACGAAAUAAAAUCAAAGUUUGAGAAAAUCUCAGGGCUCCCCAACUGCUGUGGCGCAAUCGACAUUACGCAUAUUGUCAUGAACCUUCCCGCUGUGGAACCGUCGAACAAAGUUUGGUUGGACGGAGAAAAGAACUUCAGUAUGGUAUUGCAGGCCGUGGUGGAUCCGGACAUGAGAUUCCUAGACGUGAUCGCUGGUUGGCCUGGAAGUCUAAGCGAUGACGUUGUCCUCAAGAACUCAGGAUUCUUCAAACUUGUUGAGAAAGGGAAGAGACUGAAUGGUGGAAAGAUUCAACUCUCGGAAAGAACAGAGCUAAGAGAAUACAUAGUAGGUGAUUCGGGUUUUCCUCUUCUUCCAUGGCUUCUCACUCCAUACCAAGGCAAACCCAUGUCGCUUCCUCAAACCGAGUUCAACAAGAGACACUCCGAGACAAGAAAGGCCGCGCAGAUUGCAUUGGCGAGGCUUAAAGAUAGGUGGAGGAUAAUAAACGGGGUAAUGUGGAUGCCUGAUAGAAACCGGUUACCAAGGAUAAUCUUUGUCUGUUGCUUGCUGCACAACAUUCUUAUAGAUAUGGAAGACCAAACUUUGGAGGAUCAUAUCUUGUCUCACCAACAUGACAUGAAUUACAGGCAACGAAGCUGCAAGCUUGUCGAUGAGGCUUCAUCGGUCUUGAGAGAUGAACUCUCUAACCAAUUGUGGGGGGAAAACUCGUCAGCUUGAUUACUCUUUCUUUCUCUCUCCCGCUUCUUCUGGUUCUUUGUGUAAAAGCUUUGCUUUGCUUCUGGUAAUUUUGUUUAGCAUACAUUUUUCCGUUUGAUUUGUUGAAAUGUUCCCGUAUCCUCCUUUUAAAAGACGGCUAAAAUGUGUAGCGAUAUUUUGAUUUUCUUCAACUUUACACACA